GGAGGACGGACGGACAGGGCCAGCCUACUGUCCGCCCGCCGCCCGCCGCGGCGUGAAGGAGCUUGCGUGUGCCGCGGUCUCCCCUGCCCCACUGGGCCACCAGAGCCUCCCCUCGGACCCCCGGUGCCCACUGUCCACCCUCAUCCAGCGUGAGAGCUCGCCUUCUGCUCCGCGGACGCGGCGGGCAUGGACUAUUCGUACGACGAGGACCUGGACGAGCUGUGCCCCGUGUGUGGGGACAAGGUGUCCGGCUACCACUAUGGGCUUCUCACAUGCGAGAGCUGCAAGGGCUUCUUCAAGCGUACGGUGCAGAACAACAAGCACUACACGUGCACCGAGAGCCAGAGCUGCAAGAUCGACAAGACGCAGCGCAAGCGCUGUCCCUUCUGCCGCUUCCAGAAGUGCCUGACGGUGGGCAUGCGCCUGGAAGCCGUGCGUGCUGACCGCAUGCGGGGCGGCCGGAACAAGUUCGGGCCCAUGUACAAGCGAGACCGGGCCCUGAAGCAGCAGAAGAAGGCACAGAUUCGAGCCAAUGGCUUCAAGCUGGAGACAGGGCCCCCCCUGGGGGUGCCCCCGCCCCCUCCGCCCCCGCCGGACUACAUGCUGCCUCCAGGCCUGCAUGCCCCUGAGUCCAAGGCCCUGGGCUCUGCUCCGCCUGCUGGGCCCCUGGGCGAAUUUGGGGCCCCGACGCUGCCCAUGGCCGUGCCCAGCGCCCACGGGUCCCUGGCUGGCUACCUCUACCCUUCCUUCCCUGGCCGAGCCAUCAAGUCCGAGUACCCCGAGCCUUAUGCCAGCCCCCCGCAGCCGGGGCCCCCCUAUGGCUACCCAGAGCCCUUCUCCGGAGGGCCCGGUGUGCCCGAGCUCAUCCUGCAGCUGCUGCAGCUGGAGCCCGACGAGGACCAGGUGCGUGCGCGCAUCGUGGGCUGCCUGCAGGAGCCGGCCCGGGGCCGCCCCGACCAGCCCGCGCCCUUCAGCCUGCUGUGCAGGAUGGCCGACCAGACCUUCAUCUCCAUCGUGGACUGGGCGCGCAGGUGCAUGGUCUUCAAGGAGCUGGAGGUGGCCGACCAGAUGACCCUGCUGCAGAGCUGCUGGAGCGAGCUGCUGGUGUUCGACCACAUCUACCGCCAGAUCCAGCACGGCAAGGAGAGCAGCAUCCUGCUGGUCACCGGGCAAGAGGUGGAGCUGACCACGGUGGCCACCCAGGCGGGCUCCCUGCUGCACAGCCUGGUGCUGCGGGCACAGGAGCUGGCACUGCAGCUGCACACGCUGCAGCUGGACCGCCAGGAGUUCGUCUGCCUCAAGUUCCUCAUCCUCUUCAGCCUCGAUGUGAAGUUCCUGAACAACCACGGCCUGGUGAAGGACGCGCAGGAGAAGGCCAACGCCGCGCUGCUCGACUACACCCUGUGCCACUACCCGCACUGUGGGGACAAGUUCCAGCAGCUGCUGCUGUGCCUGGUGGAGGUGCGGGCGCUGAGCAUGCAGGCCAAGGAGUACCUGUACCACAAGCACCUGGGCAACGAAAUGCCCCGCAACAACCUGCUCAUCGAGAUGCUUCAAGCCAAGCAGACUUGA